UAUAAUUUUAAGUAAUGUCAUAACAUUUUGGCGGGAAUCAGUUGGCGUGAUAUAUAAAGAGUGGGGGUACGCUUCUUAGGACAGCGAACGAAUCGGAGUACAGUCCAUCAUCUCGAUCAGGUCAGUCGCGUCUCGCUAUUCGCGCAGUGUAUUGUGAGUUGAUGCGUUACGGUCCGUUUACGGAGCUUUUAGCUUUGUGUAACGACGCGCGCGCGUUGGUAUUAAAAGGACGCUAAGAAGUGAAAAUAUUUGAGCAGCUUGCAUUCAUACUUUAUACAUAAGAUAAUUAAACAUUUUCAUAUAGAUUAUACAUAGGAAAAGACCAUAACCCGGUUUUCUUACAGUACGACGCGCGCGCCGACUGAACGAUUGCCUUUGUCUUCAUAUACACGAGAUAUUUCAGUUUUUGGUUAUACAGUGAUAUAUAAAGGAUUAAAAAUGUCAGACGACAAUUCGCCUGUUGUUGAAGAACAAAAGAAAAAGCGUGGUAGGCCAGCGAAAACAGACAAAAAUACCGUUAAAGAACCCAAAAAGAGAGGCAGACCUUCUACAGAUAAAAAUAAUGCAGUACGAACUGCAAAGUCUGAUAAUGAAGAUGAUGCAUCUCCUGUACCUGUCAAGAAAGGUAGGGGGCGACCAAAAGGAUCUCAUAAAAAGAAGCAAGGUACAACUAAAGGAACUCCUUCAGGGCGAGGUCGUGGUAGACCUAAAAAGAAAGAAGAAAAACCAGAAAGUACUGGAGAAGAAGAAGAUGAACAAGAGGAAGAAGAAGAGGAGGAGGAGGAUAAUUGAAUGUAAAAAAAUAAAUUCAAUGUAUGAGAACUAUUCUUUGAAAGUUUUUAAAAAACUGAUAACAAAUUUAAAACUUUUAAGUUUGCUUUUUAUAUGAUAAUCUGCAAAUUGAAAUAGUAAAGUGGUAACAUUUUGCUUUUAAAAAAAGAAGAAGGAGAACAGAAACUGCUCAAGUUCCAAGGAAGUUGUAUGAAAAUAUGAUUUUUAAUAACUACAAAAGGAAAUUGCACAGAUACCUGGGUUGAAAAUAUGUAAAGCACUUUGUAGUAUCUACUUUAUGCAUUUUUAUUAUAAUUACUAUUAAUAUAAUGAUAAUUAUUAGUAUUACUUUUAUUAUUAUUACUAUCAUAAUCAUUAUGUUUUAAGUAUCAAAAUGAAAGAUACAAGUAUUUUAAUGAAAGAAAUUUUAAACUUAAAAUAUUCAGAUCUCAUAAACUAACUUGGAAUUAAGAUAAUGAAGACUUUGUCUAAUUUUAAGAUAUGUGGUGCACUAUUACAUCAUAUAUUUGUUACCUCCUUUGCUCCUGUGUAUGUAUAUUUUAAUUCUUAAAGUCAAAGAUUUUAUAUAAAUUUAAUACUGUAAGAAAUACUUCUUGUGUG